AAUGCCAUUCAGUAUGUAUUUCACUUUCAAACCUUCAUAACGUUUGUAAAAAUUUAAUACUAUCGUGACAAUAUUUUGAAUUGAAUUUCGAGUUGUGGAGACAAUUAUGAUACUUGUGAGGAAAAAAUAAGUGUGAAAUCGUAAAAAACCAUCAGAAGUUUUUACAAUGAGUGUGUCAGUGAGUGAGAAACCUGUGGAGCUUGACACUGUAUUGGAGAAGUUCAGUAUCUACCAACGAUAUCAUUUAGAGAAGAUCGCACUUAUUUUUAUAGCACUUCUGACCAAUUCGAUUUAUUGCAAUCAAUUUAUUUUUGUCACGGAAGCAGUGCCAUACAGAUGUGUAGACUCGCAGAAUUUCAGCGAAACACCGGAGAUAUGUGGCAAGAAUGUGUCACAAAGUUGCAGCCACUGGGUUUAUCAGGACCCUGACAGUUUCGUGGCUCAAUUUGACCUCGCCUGUGAGGAUUGGAAACGAACUAUGGUGGGGACAGCGCAUAACGUAGGUUAUAUGAUUGGUCUGCUCAUCGUUGGACCUCUUUCUGAUAAGUUCGGGCGAAAAAAUAUUGCCAUAAUGACGGGAGUCUUAGGUGGUGUUUUUGGCAUAUUGAGGAGUUUCUCCAAUUGGUACUGGCUCUUCGUUGCCAUGGAGUUUAUGGAAGCUCUCAUAGGGGAUAUCUGCUCGCCCAUGUUCGUAUUAACGCUAGAAAUCGUCCCUUCUAACAAGCGUCUAGUCUUCAACAUGUUGGUGAGUUAUGGGUAUAUAGUCGGCGGCGUGCUCCUUGCAGUAUUUUCCUGGCUCAUUCAAGAUUGGCGUUGGCUUCUACGGGCCCUUUACACGCCUGCUCUUCUGUUCAUCCUCUACAUCUUCUUCCUCGACGAAAGCCCUAGAUGGUAUCUAUCAAAAGGACGAAAGGAAGAGGCAACUGCAAUUGUAGAAAAAAUUGCAGCAAAAAAUAAGACAAAACUUGACAAAAACAUGCUUGAUAAUUUAAGCUAUGAAAAAGAAGAAAAUACAAAUUUAAAAAAUAUUUUAGCGAGCACAUUAAAGUCUAGGAAAUUGAGAACAAGAUUCUUUGUAUGCGUUAUUUGGUGGAUGACAUCUACCUUCGUGAACUACGGAAUGGUUUUGAACUCUGUAUCGCUACAGGGAAAUAAAUAUGUGAACUUUGGUCUGACACAAUUGGUUGAUGUUCCGGGCUUGUUGAUCGUUACGAACAUUUUGCUGCGAUUUAAACGAAAGAAACCGUUGAUAAUUUGCUUUGCUCUUGGCGCUGUUAUGUGUCUCGCACAGCCUUUUGUGCCGCAAGACAUACAGUGGCUGUCCAUAACCUUCUACAUGAUUGGCAAACUGAUGUCGUCUUUCUACUUUGCCAUUACAUAUUUGUAUACCUCAGAACUAUUUCCUACAUACACUAGAAACUCCAUGCAUGCUCUGUGUUCAUCUCUAGGAAGAGUUGGAUCUAUACUAGCUCAACAGACUCCAUUGCUGCUGGUCUACUGGAGUGGUUUGCCAGCUUUCGUCUUUGGAUCAGUCGCCCUUUUUGCUGCGUUUGUAACAUUUUUGGUCCCUGAUAUAUCAGAUGACUCCCUUCCCGAUAAUGUUAAGGAAGCAGAAGCGAUAGGCAAGAAAGACAAGGUUGUGAGCGCGUGACCUUUAUGACUAUGUUUAUGGGCCAUUAAGUAUUAAAAUACAUUGAUCUUAAUAUAUUUAAUUAAAAUCUUAGUUACUAUUUUCAAUACGUGGAUGAAUGAAAUGAAAUGAUUAAGCACUUGACGUUUUCUUUUGUGAACUUGCCAGCUAUGGAAUCUGCUUCCAUCAGAGAUACGAAGUCCAAGUAUUUAAUAAACUGUUUUAUAUUAUAGUUCCAUUGUAUUAUAACUUUAGUUUUUC